GUUAUUUUUUUUUUAGAACCAACAACACUAUUUAAACGACAUCAUUUGUUUUUAAUUCAAUUCCACAACUAUAAAUAAUUUUUUCUCAAAAAAACUCAAAAAAAAAAAAUCUAAUUUAAAAAACUUCAUUCAAUAUCUCCCUGGCCAUUGAUAAAAGGAAAAAAAUUCUAUUUCAACAUCUAACGCUCGCUAUAACAUGACCACCUAUGUGACAGAUGGGGAAGGAAAAUUUAUUCCUGCCACUCAACGACCAGAUGGCACAUGGCGCAAAGCGCGUCGCGUCAAAGAAGGUUACGUCCCCCAAGAAGAAGUCCCACUCUACGAAAGCAAAGGCAAGCAAAUUGCAAAUCGAAAGCCUGACCGUCCAGUCGGUAUGCCCGCUCCACCUCCGCUCACCAAGAAAGAAAAAGCGAAGAAAAAGAAAGCCGGAUUGCUUGUCUUGCCAAAGAACUCCAUUAACACACCCAAUUUGACGACGACAGCCGUGGCCGCAAACUCCAAGGAGAACAGCAACAAUAACAAGAAAUCAUCGUCAUCAUCUGCAAGUACAAAUUCAACACCAACAGCAGUUCCUUCUGCUGGCGGCACACCCGCAACCGCCUCCGCCUCUGCCACAGUCGAGUCCAUUACCAAAGAUCUCAAUAGUGUGGAACUCGUCGAAGAUCCACAACUUGAACUCAGCAAAAAGAUCAAGAAACUGAAGAAGAAAAUCCGUGAAAUCGAAGCCAUCGAAGCCAAAUUGAAAGCUGGUGAACUCAAAAAACCCGAAAAGGACCAAUUGGAUAAGGUUAAAAGAAAAAAAGGAUACCUCAAAGAGCUGGAAGAGUUGGAGAAGCAUUUAGUCCCGACUGACUAGGCUUCAAAACGCUUAAACUUCCUGCUCACCAGCUAUCAUUCACUCAAUGCACGGUUCUGCGUCUCUAUCCAAUGUGUCCAUGGCAUAACCUUGGCCUUGGAUCCUCAUACCACCUUAAUAAGUUGAGCCUGUUUUGUUUUUUUACUCUUUUUUUCUGCUUCUUCUAUUUUUGUUGUACAUUUUUAACUUUAUUUCAAUCUUAAAAAAAAGGAUUCGAUUGAUCUCUCUCAUUUUGAAUCGCAGUACAACUGUUAACCAGUCAGUCAAUUUUUUUAAAUUUGUUGUUUUUUUGUUUUCUAAGUUUGUCAAGUCUUCCUAGUCUUACUGCUUGAUUGUAGUUGGCUGGCGACUGGUAAUGACCAUAGUCAUAGCUAUAGCCAAAUUGCAAGAUAAAGACGAUGGAAAAAUGUUUGUAUUUUUCGUUGCGGGUUACAAUAAACAACGCGUAGUAGCUCUUGUUUUAA